UGUGCCUUCGGUGCUUGCCGAUACGGCUGUGCCCGGCGGACAUGCCGAUGUCCGCCGGCGUUACCGCCGCGGCUGCUCCGGUGUCGCUGCCCUAAGGCGCAUCCGGUCCCUCACCGGCGCCCGUGCCCACAUCCGCCGGCCCAGGGACUUCGUCAUCAGUGGUGAGGGCGGUGGAGUGGCUUCAUCCCGACGAUCCCACCUAGGCCUUGUUCCGUCUGGAUGACGUCCUGGAGCAGGAGGGCUGGGACCUUCUCCGUGGCUAGGGGGAUUUUGCAGAGCGCUAGCUGCGGGAGGUGCAAGGGACGCUGUCCAUGGCCGCGGCGUCGAUCAUCGGCGCGCUCACGGCGCUGACCCGUGAAGUGGUCACCGCCGGCCGGGAGCUUAUGGAGAUCUCCUGGCGGAAGUCGGAGUUUCUGCGGGAGCUGCAUCGUCGCCAGGGGGUCGAAUCCGCUGGCGCUUCGGGGGCGGGCGAUCUUCGCCCAUCUCCUCGGCACCGGGGCGAAGAACUGGUGGCGGCUCGGCUUGCUGUGCGCCGUGUGGAGGACUCGGCAUGUCUUGCCGAGGUCGCUCGGAGUGCGGCCGCGGAAGAUGUGGCUCGAGAAUGGGUGCUCGCCGACGAGUGCGCUUGUCAGGCGGCUAAGGCUGAGGUGCGGCUCUGGAGCCUCCAGGCUUCUUAUCGCGUUUGCCUUUUUUCGUUAGCGCGGCGGUGGAGGGUUGGCACUUGCUCCGAGUGCUGUGCUGCGGCACGAGAGGAGCUCUUGGACGUGAAGGAGGAGCUCGCGGAGCUACGGGUGGCCGCUUGGGCCCUCACCAAUCACCUCUUCGGCAUGGCCUGGGAUGAUGAGGAGGAUGUGGUCGCACGCCUUCGCACGGCUCCAAGCCGAGUCGACGAGCCCAUCUCCGACGGGCUCUACAUGGGAGCCCACACUCCGCGCUCGUAGCCGCCGCCUCCCACUACAAUAGCAUGGAACUUGCGGUCGUGGGGGGCGGUCGCAUCCCACAGCGGUCCGACGGCGACCACCUCGAGCUCGGCGAAGCUGCUGCCCCGCACGCCCUCCUGCUGGCCGACGAGGUCGUGCCAUCCGCCGUCAUCGACCAUCGCAACGAGCUGCCUUAGGUUCUGGCCCCUGCGAGGGCAUUGUUUUGUUUUGUCUGUCUUAGCUGUUGCAAUGAACAAGGAUGGGCCAUGGUGGCCAAACUUCGA